CGGUCACGUGAGACGGGAGGGCAGCUGACUUGGUUUCGGCCGUCGCCCUCGCCCCGACCCGACCCGAACUCAGAAGAAGGUCGAUCCCUACUCUCCACCGGAUGGCCGCCCACGGCAAGCCCAAGCCCGCCGGUCCGCCACCGCCACCGCCACCGCCACCGCCCCCACCUCCGCCGCCGCCCGAGGCGAGGAAGGGCUUCACGCGCCGCAUGCUCCCUUUCCUCCUAGCCGCCAACCUCUUUGUCGGAGCUUAUGUACUGGUGCGGACCUACAAAAAGGACUCAGGAAAGGACUCAACCACUGAUCCUGCUACUGCAUCUGCUGCAACUGCUGAGAAGCCUGCCGAAGCUGUCUCUGUGCCCAGAAAGGAGCUCCCACCAAUCCCUGAAGAUGACCAGCGCAAGCUCUACAAAUGGAUGCUGGAAGAGAAGCGGAAGAUCAAGCCACGCAAUGCUGCCGAGAAGAAGAAACUCGAUGAGGAGAAGGCCCUUCUCAAGGAGUUCAUCCGAGCAGGAUCCCUCCCGAGGUUAUGAGCUCACCAGUUGUCAUUUGGAUCUUUUGUGUCUAGUGUUCCACCAGGAAGGUGGUUGGGCCUGAUUGGAUUUUGUACAAGCACAGUACUGUGCUAUCUUGUGUACUGAUGUCUUCAUGAUUUAGCCUCCUGGAGUCCAAAGGUUGUGUGGGUGCAAACUGGUGUUGUGUCCAUUGGUGCUAGAGAUUCUUAAAGACUAAAAAAGAAAGAAAAACUUCAGUGUGACUGUGUGAGAAA